GAAUUUAAAUUUAUCACCAGACGUGCUUUGCAUAAUCUUUUCAUGUUCUCGAUCUUCGAUUUUAUAUUUUAAUUUUUUUCCUAUUUAUAUUUUCUCCCAAUCUCGAAGAAAUCAAGCAUCAAAUUUAAUAAAGAAAUGGUAAAAUUCUACGCUGUUUUCCUCCUCCUCUUCUUCCUCUGUUUCACAUCAUCAUCCCCUCCGGCGGAAGCCUUCCCGCCUCCGGCGAACGCCUUCGUCGCCGCCAUCUACCGUGACCCUGCCACCUCCCUCUACACCAUCCCCGCCGCCGCUGGAAACCGCUCGCUGCUCCUUGACCUCGCCGGCCCACUCCUCUGGUCUCCCUGUCCCGGCCGCCACCCCACCAUCCCCUGCAACUCUUCCACCUGUGCCGAAGCCCGCGCCUCCCCCCCUCACCAUUGCUACAACCGCCCCUCCCCCCGUCCUCCCUGCGCCUGCACCGCCACCGUCGGCAACCCCGUCACUGGAGCCUGCGCUGCCGGCGAACUCACCCUCACCGACGUAAUUCUCUCUACCACCGAUGGCCAUCACCCCACCGCCGUAUUCGACGUCAACGGCAUCAUCUCCUCCUGCGCCCCCACAAGCCUCCUCAGCGGGCUUCCGGCUGGCGCAGCCGGCGUCGCCGGGCUCGCUCGGUCCUCUGUCUCCCUCCCUUCGCAGCUCGCCGGAAAAUUCUACUUUAAGAGCAAGCAGUUCGCACUCUGCCUCCCGAGCGGAAACUCCAGGGACCCCGGCGUCGCGUUCUUCGGCGACGGCCCGUUCUACCUCCUCCCGCCGCCUGGCAUCGACGUCACCGCCCUGCUCACCUACACGCCGCUCGUAAAGGAUCCAAAAUCCCCGGCGUACUACAUCCACGUCAACGGCUUCGCCGUGAACCAAAAGGCAGUACAAAUCCCACCAGGCAAGCUCGCCGGCGGCGUCAAGUUCAGCACCACCGUCGCGUACACCACCCUGAGGAGCGACGUCUUCAAACCCCUCCUCGACGCCUUCGAUGGAGCGACGAGCGGGAUCCCGAGAAUGCCGGCGGCGGCGCCGUUCGAGCUGUGCCUGAACAGCUCGGCGCUGGGGUCGACGCGAGUCGGGUACGGCGUGGCGCCGAUCGACGUCAUGGUGGGAGGAGGCAAGAACUGGACCAUAUUCGGGGCGAAUUCGUUGGUGGACGUGGACGGGAGCAGGGCGUGCUUCGCGUUCGUGAACGGAGGAGCCAAGGCGGAGCCGGCGGUUGUGAUCGGCAGCUUCCAGAUGGAGAACAACUUGAUGCUGUUCGACGCAGGAAGAUCGAGAGUCGGCUUCACGUCCACUCUGUUUGGCAUCAUGACCACUUGUUCCAAUUUCAAUUUCACAAUGGGAAUCAUGUGAUCGAUAAAUAAUUUAAAAUAAAUAAAUAAAUAAAUAAAAUCAUAUUACCUAU